AUGUUAACAGCAUUAAAAAGAACUAGUAUAUUAUCAAAUAGAUAUAUCGGUUUUAGUAGUAGUAGUAGUUUGAUACGUAACUUUUCUACUACUACAACUACUUUUACUACUUCUACUACAAAUGUAAUUGAUACAUUAAAAUCAAGAGGAUUUAUUUAUCAAAUGACAGCAAAUGAUGAAGAGAUGAAAAAGUUGACAAGUAAACCUGUAUCAUUGUAUGCUGGUUUUGAUCCAACUGCAAAUAGUUUACAUAUUGGUAAUCUUAUUCAAUUGAUGGUACUAUUACAAUUCAAAAGACAUGGUCAUAAUCCUAUUGCAUUGUUGGGUGGUGCAACUGCUCUUAUUGGUGAUCCAAGUGGAAAAUCAACCGAUAGACCACAAUUGGAUCAAACUUUUAUUACUGAUAAUUCUAAAAUUAUUAGAGAAAAUAUAGAAACUAUAUUAGGAAAAGAUAAUUUAAUAGUUGAUAAUUAUGAUUGGAAUAAAGAUAUAUCGAUUAUAUCAUUUUUUAGAGACAUUGGAAAAUAUUUUAGAAUUGGUUCAAUGUUGAGAAAAGAUUUUAUUCAAAAUAGAAUUGGUCAAGUUAUGGAAAUACCAAAGGGCAAUGGAGAGACGACUGAAAAAUGUGUAGUUUUAAAUAAUACUUCAGAUUCUACUGGAAUUUCAUUACCAGAAUUUUGUUAUUCACUCUUUCAAUCAAACGACUAUGUACAUUUACACUCGACACACAAUUGUGUCAUUCAAAUUGGUGGUUCCGAUCAAUGGGGCAAUAUAACAGAUGGAUGCGAUUUGAUAAAGAAAAAGUUAAACAAGACGGCACAUGGUAUCACCAUCCCAUUGCUCACCAACUCUCAAGGCAAGAAAUUGGGCAAAUCUGAAGGUAAUUCAAUCUGGCUUUCAGCUUCACGUACUAGUCCAUUCAACUUUUUCCAAUAUUGGAUUCAAAUUGCAGAUGAUGAUGUUGAAAAGUUACUCAAUCUCUUUACUUUUAUACCUUUGCAAGAGAUUAAAGAAGUGAUGGAAAAACAUCGUGCCGAACCACAUCUUCGUCAUGCUCAACGUGUAUUGGCAGAGCAUGUAACACGUAUUGUUCACGGUGAUCAAGGUGUUGAAGAGGCCAUCAAUACUACCAAAUUACUCUUUUCAGAAGACUCUCUUUCCAUUCUCGAUAGUUAUAGAAACGAUCCAGUACGUGCAGACAGUCUAUUUAGUAAAUUGAAUUUCAAAGAAAUUGAAAUCUCUCAAUACCCAAUUCAAGGUGAAAAGUCUGCCACCGUCGCAUCCAUUUUCCAAUCAGCAUCUUCUGCCUCUAGAAAUCAAGUCAAACAAUUAAUAGAAUCAAAAUCUAUACAAAUCAAUGGCACCACUGUUACACCAGGUCAAAAGAUCCAACAAUCUGACCUAAUUGGUAAUCAUUAUAUAAUAUUACGUCAAGUUUAUCUAAAACUGACUGAAAAAAGAUAG